UCUACCAGCUGCUGUUUGUCUCAGAACAUGGCGGAAACUUGUGCCGAAAGCUUCUUAUUUCAGUCUGCUGUUGCAUUGCUACAAUAAUUAAGAGCAAGCUAGAAGUUUGGCUUUUCUUCUUAUCCCACGAUCAUCCGUUUUCAAGAUAUCAACUGAGCAGCAAGAGUUAUUUACUUCCAACCGUCCCAACAACAUCUGCUUGGGUGAAGAAUUCUAGGAAGAACAGCAGGUCUUCUCUUCGAGGUCACUUAGUUCACAGCCCUAAAUGGUUGUUUGAAACUUUUUUUUUGUCCGUCUGACCAUAUCUGUAUUCUCAAGGAAAGUUAAGUCACUAAAUGAGGAAAUCAACUAGAUGUAUUUGAAUAAACUCUAAUUGCAUUUAGUUUUGCUAUAAUUAAUUACUGUUACUGACAUUGCCGCUGUUUUACUAGACGUAUUGUUUCUUCAUUAUUACAGCCUUCUAAAGUUUUGUGGUUUCAACUGAUUUUGCUUCUAUUCCUAAGACUGCCGCAACUAGGCUUUUGGAGAAGUGCUUAUUCUGUUCGUCUGAGCUAGGUUUUCGUUCACUGACGCAGUAAAUUUGAUGGACAAAACGGAGAGGUAGGUUGCAUGAGUCACAGCCAUCCACACGGUUCAGACACUGUGUCGCCGUCAUAAACAAUCCUUUCUCUCCUCUCCGUGACGAACUCAUUCCUGUGCGGGAGUACAUAAGCCUAAACAACUUGGUAGAAGAGUUGCAUUGGAUCGCCACAGCAGCAACUAGACAGACAGAAAAACAAACAAAAAACUCGCUGAACGACGCAGCCUUAACCCUCUACACCCAGGUAUAUGCGUGUGAAAAGCUUGUAGCUUCAGUACACCUAGCACAGCGCAGUUUGGUAUUCAGUAAACUGCCUACACAGCACGAGUGUUACAAAAAGUUGUCUCCGGUCAUAGCGCUUAUUACACCACACUGCAGUUCAGUUCUGUCGUUGUCUAUCCCAAGCGAGGCGCUUAGCAGGCAGAGUCUGCGACCACGAUCCAGUCGCCCACUCGCCCGAUUGAAAGGGGGCAUUUCCCGUCGACAUUUGAGGGCUACUUAUCUGUUCAUUCCUUGAAAAGAAUCAAUGAUUAUGGCAAUGGUUAACAACCUCCCGACAGUCAAGGACUCUCGUUGGCUGCAGCUGGAGGUUUGCCGAGAAUACCAGAGAAAUAAGUGUACCAGACCUGACACUGAAUGUAAAUUUGCCCAUCCGCCUGCUAAUGUGGAAGUUCAAAACGGAAGGGUGAUCACUUGCUACGAUUCCAUAAAGGGUCGGUGCAAUCGAGAGAAACCACCCUGCAAAUACUUCCACCCUCCACAACAUUUAAAGGAUCAACUUUUGAUAAACGGUAGAAACCAUCUUGCUCUUAAGAACGCCCUGCUACAGCAGAUGCCCCUUCAACAAGUCCUGCCCGGGCAAAUUCCAGCCGUGGCUGCAACAAAUUCUUACAUGGCCACCCUUCCCACCAUGGCCACAGCUUCUUCGUUCAGUCCUUACUUUAGUCCAAGUCCUAUGAUGGGGAUGAUGCCUGCCGAAGCCAUGGCAGCACCUCUGAGUGUUAUACCCACUCCUAUGAUCACAACCCAAAAGGUGCCUCGUACUGAUAGGUUAGAGGUUUGCCGAGAAUUUCAACGCGGCAACUGUAAACGGAUUGAAACCGAGUGCCGUUUCGCUCAUCCACCUGAGCAUGUGACUGUGGACAGUACAGAAGGCAUGGUGACGGUCUGUAUGGAUUUCAUAAAGGGAAGGUGCACGCGGGAUCCAUGCCGCUACUUUCACCCGCCGCUUCACUUGCAGUCACAACUAAAGGCUGCCCAAAGCAGAGCUAACACCGCCGCUAUGGCAUUUCCCGGAAUGGUCCCUUACACUAAAAGACCAGCCCUUGACAAGAGUGGACUCCCUGUUUAUCAACCAAGCGCCACACCUUAUCAUCAAGCCCUUACCAUGCAGGUUCAACAGCCCUUUGUGCCUGUUUCUUUUGCUGUGCACCCUGGUAGUAUGCCGAGAUUUUAAGUCAGGUUUGUGUAAUCGGCCACAGCGUCGCUAUGUCCAUCUUUCAAAAUAUUUUGUGAAAGUGGUGAAUGGGAAGAGACAGAGUGUCGCGAUGCAGUCAAAGGGAAGAGUUCCACCUGUCAAUCUUCUUGUGGACUUGCCUUGUUUAAAUACUCUGGCUUUGUAGAUUCUAGAGUUUUAUUCAUGGCUAAGAUUAUUGGAUAACUAGUACUUUUUUACCUAUAGUGGGGUACGGGGGUUACCAAGAAACUUUGACACUGAUGGGAAAUGAAACGUUAACUUUCACCACCAAAGAGAUGUAAGAUAAGUUGUGAGAUUGUUUUUUUUUAAUUACUCGUAUAUUGCUAAAAAGCGAACUCUUUUCUGAAAGGGAUAGAUUUUUGUAUUUCGAUUUAUGAUAUUUUAUUUGUUUUAUAUCAAACUGAAUGGCAUUUUAGAGGAAAGGAAUUCCUUCAUAAAAAAUACAUUACUCAAAAUUUCAACUCUAGAGGGCGAUUUUUAUAGGGUCGCCCUUCUGAAAUUCGUGCAAGAGCUUAUAAAAACAAUUUUGGAAAUGUUUGGAGAUCUAGUCACAAAGAUGACGGCCAAGAAAAAGUAAAAAUGUCCCACGUGCCAUGUAUUAUGGCGACAUUGGAAAAUUUAAAAUGUAACUAUCAAAUUACUUUUUCUUUUUAAUUUGUGAAAAAUGAUAAUCUUCAGUUGGUCAUAAUAUCUUUUUUUUGCAGCAAGCAUUUCGUUCUUUGUGAUAUUUAAAUGUAAAUUUUGUGUUUCCUAACUUACCUAGUGCCAUUUUUUUAUUGUAACAAGUCCUUUCCAUGAAAUGUAAAAAUUAAACUAUUUUUAAUGUUAUUGUUUUUCUUUUAAUUAUUCUAGUAGAAUAAACUAAUCUUUUACAGACUUUCAGUACAACUGGUUGAAAGAUAGAGAUCAAGCUGAGCAGCAAAGCUCCUUUUUUGAUUGAAUAAUUUGAAAUUACUUGAAUACUUUACAAAGGCAAGCACUCUGGCGUCUAGUUUAAAAUUUAAAAACAGUUCGUAAAUAGUAUUAAGCGACUUUUGAAUUAGUUAAAUUGUUUUUUUUAAUAACUGAAUUUUUAAAAACUGUCUCCCAAAAUCUGAUCAAUUUAAAAACUAUGAUUGUAAUACAAAGUUACAAAUAAAUGAAUAAACACUUAGAUUAGAUAUAUUUAUUCUGUUUGUCGAAAAGAAUGUCUUUUUUUAGGUAUAUAUGCAUAUGUAUAUGAAAUUACUGACGUACACGUUAGUUUUUUAACUGAUAUAACAGAACAAACCUGUUAUGUGUUAUCCAUUUUUAUAUAACUAAAAACUUAAAUAUUAGUUAUUGAGUAUUGAUACAAGUGAUUGUUGGACACGAAGAAGAGUGAUGGGAUAUUUUUAAGACAAUUAUUACACUGUGACAUCUAAGAUGAUCAUCUAUAUUGUUUAAUAAGUACGAUCAUGUAAGAUAUGCUUAAUUCGAAACUCCUAUGUUUAGCUGAUUACUGGGUGUUGGACGUAGAAUUUAACGUGUUUAAUAAAUAAGUUGUACCGAAAUAUAUAUUGAAUGUGAUUUUUUUCAAUCGAUGUGUUGGUUUUAGUUCGUGCGAGAAACUAAGAAUUUGUUACCCAGUGUCAAAAAUGUGUACUAAUAAAGUAUUUUAAACUGUUACUGGUUAUAGCUAUAAUGCUGCGCAAAUUAACAAGACCAUUAAAAGCGAUAAAUGUGUCAGAUAUCAGUUCAGACUUGUGAGAAAUAUGUCAAAAACUUUUGUUCACAGAAGAUGAAGGAUUUGGUUUCUGUUUCUCAGUUAAAGGGGGAGCACUUCCACUUUGUGCAACAAUAACACACUUCACUAGUAUCUGCAUCCAUAAAGACCGAUGAAUGGCUGGCUUCAAACUGAUUGUAAUACGGUGAUACCAAUAUAAGCGCUUGCUGUGGCCUUAAAGAUCAUUAUUGUCGUUGUAACUCAACAUCUCAUAUUGCUAAGCCAUCUGUUAAACAUGGAAAAAUGAUUAUAAAAUAUGCAUUAAACUAAUAAACAUCUGAACUAGACUGAUUUAGCUUGGGCCUUAGAUAAUGAAAACGCAACCGACGACAGCAGACCAUCUUUUUAUACUUUUAGUAAUGUAGCUAUCAUGCACCAGGUAUUUUAUAGCUAUGAAACAAAAAGUGAUAAGAAAUUGGGUGCACUGUCGAUAAAGUCUUCGUUAUGUAGACUAUUUUAAAAUUAUUAUAAACUAGUGUUAGUAAUAAAACGUUGCAAGCAUAACUUCCAUUUACUAAACCUUUCAAUUUAUCAAGGAUCAUAAAAAAAAAAAUCAUGAUAAUGUAACAGAUGUCGGCAGACGCAAGAGAUCGCGGAGUUGUUAUACGAUACUGCUCCUGUCUGAAACACUGGUGGCACAUAGCGUAAGGACCGAGUUACGUGUUUUUAUGCAUGUAAAGAAAGGUUUUUUGUUUUCGUACUCUAGGGUGGUGCUACUUUAUCUCCAAAGAUGAUCAAAUCAUCAUCUCUCUAAAGAAGUGUGAUAAGCCGAACCAGAUCUGUUUGGAUCAUCCGAUCUGGUUCCCGAUCCGUGUGGAUUCACACGAUUUGUCAGACUCUUGAUCUAUCUAAAUAUAUAUAUAUAUAUAUACAAUGGUCACGUUAGUUGCUGUUUUCUGUUUGUGGAAGUAUAAUUAAGGGUUGGUUUUAAAGUAGUAAAGUUGUUUUUGUCAAUGUCCUCGUCCUUCUGACGUGAAUAAGUCUUGUUGAGAUCUAUGUUAGUUUUGCAAAACCUGACGACUUUAAUAGUCUGUUUACACUUAGUGUAUUUCAAGUAAUGUAAACUAGCCACUGUGUGAAGUGGAACUUACGUUUUAGAUAAUAAUGAUUUUCAAAUACAAUCUGUGAUUGAAAAUGUUCCUCAUGUUUCUGUUCUACUAACUUAAAUGUUUAUAAUCGAUAUUGAAUUUUGUCUUGUCAAUAAACACAGUAAAAUGGUCACAUCUAAUAUUCCUGGGCUCUAGCAAACUAGGCUGGUCAUGACUUAAUGGUUAGCGUACCGGGCUAUGGAUCCGAGGGUCCACGGUUCGUCACCCAUUACGGCAAAAAAAAAAAUCGCGCUCUACACUUUGGGUCAAGGGGGGUGAUAAGAGUAAUGGACAAAUCCUACUAUUUGAUUAGAGUAGUCCAAGAAGUGGCGGUGGAUUCUGUUGACUAGCUGCCUUCCACCUAGUCUGUCAAUUGAAACUUAGGGACGGCUAGCUAAGAUAGCCCUUGUGUAGCUUUGCGCAAAUAUCCGAAGCAAACCAAACUCUAAUGAAUUGAGAAUAACUGUGUUUGUUUACGUUUUGUUUAAGUCUAAGCAUAUCAUAAUCCCAUGUAGAAAUUAUUACUCUUUAACUGUGAAUUGCCAACUUUUUAGUGAGAAAGUGAACUUGAGAAACUCUUUAAAGUCGAAAGAGUUACUCAAUCUUCACUCGAUAUAUAUAUGUAUGUUACAAAAUAAUCUUAAUGACUAGUUGUCAUUUUAAUGACAUUAUUUCGUGUGUUUUUAAAAUAAUAUUAGUAACUUUGUAGUCAGAAAAUCCAACAUUUAGAAAGUUUGUGUGUGUGUGUGUGUGUAUUUGUCGUGCAUGAUAUUCAAAGUGUUAAUAGUAUUGCUGAUUUAAUGGUUUUUCAUUGUUUAAACCAAAAAGUGACCCAAGUAGCAACGUCCAGUUUUUCUUCAAGAAAAAAAAUCUCACCUUAAAAUUUUUGAAAUCACUAUUUCAGAUUCACGAACGUUAGUUCACGAAUCGCCAGAACUUUUAUUUGGAUUUUUGUACAUGUUUAUGUACAACAUUGUACUGUUUAUAAAGAAGUAUUUUAUAUGGGAAUAGAUAAUGACGAAAUUAAUUUAUACAUAUGUUGGUUACUGAAGUGUCGAAAUUAAAUUAAAUAUCAUAAACUGUACGUCCCCCGGUGGAUCAGCGGUAAGUUCACGGACUUACAAAGCAGAGUUCAAUUCCCUGCGGUAGACACAGCAGAUAGCCCCAUGUGGCUUUGCUCUAAAGCAAACAAACAUAACCUGUAAGAGCAACUGAGACUAUAAACGAAAAGCUAAAGCUUCUGCCAUGCAAAAUCCCUGCUGAAAUCUAAAUGUUGACUGUUGUCUAUAAGGAUUUGAACUAAAUAGCAUAACCCAUGUGUGUUCUAAUACAUAUCUUCAAUCCAUUACCCAGUAAUGGCAUACAUCCCAUUAAGUAAUAAUCAAUAUUAAAAUAGUCGGUAGAAUCGAUAUACGAAUAAGUUAAGCAGUAAGUAUUUAAAAAUAUUCUGUACUACAUAUAUCACGGAAUCUAUUCUGUGGAACGUUUUUCACUCGUUCAAGGAAAAUAGUUGAAGAAUAAUUGUUUUGGUACGAGUUAUAACUGAAUAAUGUUCUGAAAUUCAAAAGUUUCGAAGUAUGUUUUGGUAACUGAUCAAAGGUUACGGAAAAGAUUUUCAAUGUUGUUACUAAUAGUUGGUUUACAUAUUUUUUAUAAAUUAACUGGAAUUUUUGUCAAAUGUAUUAAAGUUUUAAAACGUUUUCAAGAUAUAUUCUCCUUUUAAAACAAUUUUUGUUCUUAGUAAAAAAAAACUAGUUACAAUUACUUUGUAUUGAUUAUUUCUUUAAGUCAGUAAAUAUUUAUAUUCUAUACAUUUUUCUUUUCUUAUCUGAAAACAAAAUAUUAUUUGUUUUCAUUGUAUUCAGAUGUAAGUAUGUAGAGCAUGUUAGUCACUGAGGCAACUCCCUGAAAGAAAACUGUAACGUUCAAAACUUCUCUCAUUUGCCUCAACACUGAAUGUUGUAUUUAGGGAAAAAUUUUAACUGUUUAUAUAUCUAGGUGUGUGGGGUUUGAAAAUAGAAAAUGUACAGGAGUGACUAUAACACAAGUUGUUCCAAUGAAAGUGUUAUUUUUUUUAUGUAAGGUUCCUUUCUAUUUCUUUUAUGUAUGUUUGUUUCGUUUACAAAUAUAUAAAAAAAUUCAGUGGAUUUUAACAUUAAAUCAGGUAUGUUUCUAUCAAACGAUAUGACUAUUUUUAAUCGUUAUUGUAUAUUUUUAUGUUUUAAUGACACUCACUUUUAAGAUUUACAAUAACUCACCUCAUAACACAUACUUAUAGUAAAGCAAUCCAUUCUUUAUUAGCCAAGUAUAAAUAUUAACGAACUUGAUUACUGAUAUCUUCGAAUUAUUUCAGAAUGAUUAUACAUUUUCUCCAAAUUAACAGCAAAUUGUUAAUCUUCGUUUGUUCUUUCAUCAUGAACAAAUAUCCAUAGAAAAAAAAUAAUAAUAGAAGGGGCCUUGAAGACUUGUCAUUCGUUCAUCUAGUUGUUGUUUUACUACUUUGGAUAUCGUUUGAAAUUACUGGAUAACAGAAGUGCAGAUAUUCAGUAACGACAAUAUUGCAACGUGAAUUGCAAAUAAAUAAUACAAAACUCAGAAAUAUCAAAUACCAUUGUUACUGCUCGAUCAAAGUAUACAGUUUUUACUGUCACAGUCAUGUUAAAUUAUAAAAAAAAUUAUCUUACUAUAAUUACUUUUUUAAUAUUAAUACACUCCUAAUUUUUCUUUUUCAGAAAACUAAAAUGCAGCGGUUAUUAUUAAUAACGCGUCCUUAUGAUUUUCUGAAACACGUUGUAUUGAUUACAGUUAUACGUGGUUUUUCAACUGUGAUAAUUCAGUAGUAUGAAUAUGGAAUGGUAGUAAAUAUUCUAGUUUAAACAGAUUUAUGUUUGCAAUUGGAAUAUCUUGUGUUAUAACAUGGAAAAGGGAUUAUUUUAAAUGUUUCUUGUGGAAUUAGGCAUAGCCUUGUAAUUAUAUUAUAGUACAGUCAAAAAUACUUUUUGCUUCAUAAAUAUCUUUUAAGAAUUUUUUUUCCUCAAAAAGCUGAGUUAUAAUUUAAAAGGUACACAUUUUUAUUUCAGUAUAAUUCUAGGAAAUAUUAAUCAGGGGGUAUGAAAUUUUGAACAAAUUCGUUUUCAUGUUAUAUUUUUGCAUUAUUCUUAUUUUUAAAUGAUAUGAAAAAGUGUAAAAACGUGUAUAAGUUUGAUAAAUCUAUCCCUUUUCCUAGAGUUUACUCCAAGAUUUGAAAAGUCGAGAGAACCAUUAAGUUUAUAUUACAUAAUCUCUACCAGAAAAUAUGUCUGAAGUUAGAAGAAAGUAUUACCACAUGUUUAAAAUAAAUAUAAACACGUCUUAGCAGUGUAGAGGUAAAAACAAAAAGUAAAUCAACUAUAUGAUUGUAACAUGAACGUUGACAAGAGUCCUCAUUCAACUUCAGUAUCUUUAAAGUGUCAGUUGCACUGUGAGGCUUUGAAUUUCAGAAUCAUAUUCCAUUUGGAUUCAGAUUCGUAAGGUAAGAAAAACACCUGGUGAAACGGGUGUACGUUGAAUAGAAAUGUGAAUAAUUUUAUGUUAUAAAAGAAGGUGGACAAGUUUAAUAUAUUCGUUGACUUACCGUUGUGUUUAUUUUGAAAAUGCUUAAUAUCAAUGAAGUAUAACCAAUAAAAGUAUUUGAAUGGUACUUCAAUUCUACAUUUUUUCUCAUUGUUAGACUAAUAAUGAUUGUGACUUUUAUGGUUAUGAUGAAUGAUAAGUUCAUUACUUAUUUGUUUAAAUAUACUUCGAGAAUGAUGUUAUAUAAGAAUGAUUAAGUAACCACCAAGAAACUUGUCGGACAUUCUUCUAGAUGAAGUAUUGUCUCUGCAUGGAAAUGACUUGAAAUGGAAAGAUUUCAAUAAAUAAACAAGAAGUGUUGGUAUGAAAAACUCAUAUUUUUAACAAACUUAUAAAAAAGACAAAUGCUCAAGAAAAUUACACAGUUGAUGAACAAUUGAUCAUUGCUUAAAAAUUGAAUGUGUCCAAUUACGAGUGUCAAAGAAGUAGUUGGUGUUUUAAUCCAAGAAUUGGUUUGUCAAGUUCCCGCAUCACCAUCGCUGUUACUGCUUCUCCGUAGGACCAAACACCAACUUCUUGGUGUUACCAACCCCGAACUUUUCCUGAGCAACCAUAGUGGCUCCAAAGAAGACGACAUUUUUUGUUGUAUGCUUGGCUUUGUCAUGCUGCUUGCUGUAUGUUGACCAAUAAGCUGUAUCACUACACGUCAGUAACCUAAAAUAAAGUUGCAUUUAUAUUAGGACCA